UAGUCGGCGUAACGCGUAACCUUGCACAAUUUUCCCAUGUCGACCGAUAAACGUUUAAUAAAAUGAAAUAUUUACUUUUUGGAUAAGUAACUCGCACAGAUGGACGCCGUAAGCUUUUUAAUUGGAGUAGGUCUUAUUCAUUGUUGUUUAUUCUUCUUCAAUGUCCUCUUCAGAUCAUGUUCGCACUAUCCCUACCUUUACUUCCUACAAAAUACGGGUUUGGACAUUCAAGUAUUGCAAAUUAAAUGGUAUACCACUGCUUUUAACAGAAUGAUCGUUAAAUGGGUAAUGGACCGUUUAAAAUUUUGGUCAGCGUGGUUUAACAUUGGAGUUAUUAUAAGCAUUAUUCUGGUUCCUGUUUCAUUUUUGAUGGUCAUGAAAAUGUCAUUUGAUUUAUUAUUUGGUGGAUCUGCCCAGGGUGACAAGAAUUCAGUAAUAAUAUUAGAACCAAUGUUGCCAGGUGUAAACAUGCCAUUUAAUGACAUCGGAUAUUAUACACUGACACUUGCUGUAUGCAUUGUAGUGCACGAAUUAGGACAUGCACUAGCUGCAGCUAGAGAAGAUGUACAAGUAUAUGGAAUGGGAAUAGGUUUGAUUUACAUCGUUCCAAUGGCUUAUACUGAUAUAAACAAGGAACAGUUAGCUGCCCUGCCAGUGUGUAACAAAUUACGUGUAAUUUGUGCUGGUAUCUGGCACAAUGUUUUCCUUGCUUUGGUAGUUACCAUAGUUCUUAUUGUAACAACUUGGAUGUGGACUCCAUUUUACACUAUAGGAUCUGGAAUAUCGGUCAAAGCCAUUACCCAUAAUUCACCGCUAUUGGGACCAUCUGGUCUUCUGGUUCAAGAUGUAAUAUACAAAGUAAACGAUUGUGUGGUAAAAGACAAGGAUGACUGGUAUCAGUGCAUUCUAAAUGCAGUGCGGCAACCCACUUCUGGAUACUGCAUCGCUCAAAAGAUUUUUCAGGAGUAUGAUGAGUCAGUUCCAGCUAAACACAUGUCUAAUGGAGCAGUAAAUUGUUGCAGUGCUGACAGUGAAAUAAAUGGCAGUUUGUGUUUCGAAUAUGUGGAAGGUACACAAGUUGCUCCUUUACAGUUGCCAUUACAUUCUUGUCUUCCUGCUAGAAUUAUUGCUGACCAAUCACAGAAAUUCUGUCAGUCAAGUCAGCAUUGUUCUUCACUAGGUACAUACUGUAUGAGACCUUCCUUGGAUAAUGUCACUAAAGUGGUACAAAUCAAAAGACAGGAAGGAAAAGAUGUGCUUUUUUUUGGAUACCCUGGUGAUAUUUAUCGUACUGUGGAUGUUUCUGACUGGAUUCCCAAAUACAAUAUCUUACACUCAGAAGUUCCAGAAACGUUGGCACUUUUCUGCAAAUACAUUAUUGCAUUUUCAGCAGGUUUGGCUAUUAUCAAUGCUGUACCUUGUUUCUGUUUCGAUAGUGAAUACAUUACAAAUACUUUAACACAUUAUUUACUUAAAUCUGUCAUACGUCAUAAAAGUCUUCGUCAUGCUAUAGCAUUGACAAUAACAUGCAUGGGUAGUAUCUUAUUUGGCAUCAAUGCUGUACAUAUGUUUAUUAAUAAAGUUAUAUAGGUUAUUCAUAAAUGUAAUCUCUAUUUUAUUAUAUUUUCUCUAAUAAUAUAUAUGUAUAUACAUAUAUUUAUAUACAUAAAUGAAUC